AUGGCUAUUUUACGCGUAAAUGGUAUCGAUAGCGGCGACGAGAAUGCUGUGGUUACUGAGAAGCCGGUUUUUGAAACUAGUAAGAGUUGGUCUUUGAAAAAUUACGAGCUUCUUCACGAAAGGAUCGAACGUCUGAUCGAGGAGAAGACUCCAUUCUUCUCCUUGGAAUUCUUCCCACCACGUUUCGUGAAUGGUGUUCCAAACUUCCUCGAACGUGUUGAGCGACUUUCAGAAGGAGGAUCUGUCUUCGUUGACAUGACUUGGCAUAUGGGAAGUGACCCUGCCAAUAUUGAUAAGGUCACAUCCUCUUCCUCGAUUGCUGCAUCCAUGCUCGACUACUGUGGAGUGGAUACCAUGUUGCAUAUGACAUGUGUCCAGUACAACAAGGCUGACACUUUGAAGCAUCUCGAACAAGCCAAGGCGAUGGGACUCAGAAGCAUUCUUGCUCUCAGAGGAGAUCUACCUCCAGGGACUGAGCUCGAGGAUACUAACCAAUUCCGUGCUCUCGACAUGAUCCGUUGGAUUCGUGAGGAAUACGGAGACUACUUCUCCAUUGGUUGCGCUGGAUACCCACUCGGACAUCCACAAGCCCCUUCGUACAAGGCUGAUCUUCAGUAUUUGAAAGCUAAAUGCGAUGCCGGAGCUAACUUUGUGAUCACCCAACUGUUCUUCGAACCAGAGACUUUCGAGAAGUUUGUGGCUGAUUGCCGUGAAAUCGGAAUCACCAAACCAAUCAUUCCUGGAAUCAUGCCAAUCAUGGGAUACGAAUCCAUCAAGCGUAUCGCUAAACUCUCCCAACUGGAAAUUCCUGAGCACAUNNUUUUAGACGCGGCAUGA